AGUCACGCACAUUGUCACAAUUUGACAGGUGCCUACCUGGUCGCGUACAGUCAUAGUUUAUGAAAUAUUUCAAGCAGAACUCACAAAGAUGUAUAAUUGGCGUAAAUUCGGGAGGCGCUGAAAACAUUUGUGUUCAUAUUAAGAACAGGAAUUCGGAAACAGCAAUCAAGUUUCGUUUGUGUGGUGGCCUAGCAAAACCAGAUUAAUGUGGUCGCACCACCAGAGGGAGAAGUCUUCAUUAGGACUCUGAACCAGACCGAAGCGGAUUAGACUGGAUUUUGAGCAGGCUAUUAGAAAGGCAGUUAUCACAUUAGAGAAACAUUGAUUCAAGUCGUGGAAAUGAAUUCAUUGCUGUUAGUUAACUUGUCAGCGUUUGAGUGAUAUCAGCCCUCUGUUAAUAAUGGACACAAUUGCACAGGUUUUUAAAAAGGAAAGCUAAAGAGCCUUGGCGUGUGUUGAAAUGCAACAAUAUCCAUUAACAGCUUUAUUGGAUCUGUGAAGCUGUUCGAACUUUCUGAAAAUGGAGAUACGAUGUCUUGCAAGCAUGACCAACGCGGACUCUCUUCUCCCGUUGCCAUUACUACGGCUCAUGGUCCCUCCGCUGAGGUUGCUUGCAGCAGCCAUGUGGCAAGUGGCACAGCAAAGGCAUGUGGAACAUUAUGGGAUGCUAGAAGAGUUUGUUACCUCAGUUACAGAGAGUGUUCCAGAGCUGCUGAGCUAUCGUCAAAGGGCCCAGCUGAUUUUGGGCUUGAGAGCCAGGUUAAUUUUGGAGCUGUGCCGUGGAGAAAACCCAGCCGAUCUGAAAACCCUUCAGUCCCACCUAGAUCGCAUCCGAGCCCCACCUGUUCACGCCAUGAACAGUGAGGUUUGUGAUGAGGAAGUAGAAGAGUCUGAGACCAAUUUUUUGGUGCUUGUCCAGACUCUGCUGAAAGAUCCUGCAGAGAGGGAGCACUUCUUUCAGAAUAUCUUCCCAGUGGAAUAUGGCUAUGAAUAUGACAAAGCGUUACAGAGGCUCAUGUUGGAUUUCCUCUCCAGAUUGGAACAUCUUUUACCAGUGCCAGAUCUUACACAGAUGGUGUCCUGGCUUAGCUGCAACCCCUCAAGCUUGGAAGAGUGUUUGCAGUCUGUCCCACUUACAAACCAAACCAAGACCCUGCUGGAACACCACAGGAUCCGUGGUCAUCUGCAUUCCACUGAUUCACUUCCAUCCACUGGCGAUGACUACAUCCUGUCCUCCUUGUCCCUCCCACCCCUCGUCCGAGUGGUGAUUGCCACUGAACAGGCCGACUCUGGUGAUGCGUCAGAUGCCAUGUCUGCUGUGGGUGGCCUGAACAAAGAAGACUUCCUGGACUAUCCGGUCGACCUCUCCAAAGACGACAAAAGUAAGAUAAAAGGAGUCGCAAAAGGGAUAGAUGAACGUGGUUCCAAAUUGAAGGGGGACAGUGCAGAAGGAGACGCCUCAGAAUGUGGGGAGCAUGAAACCCCUCGUGGUGCUCAACCCCCAGCUUACUCGAGCCCAUCUCUCUUGGACCUCUCACUGAAGCGUUCUAUAGCUGGGAUCGGAAAUGGUGGACAGUGCACAUCAGAGGAAAGCGCUGUGGCCAAUGAAUACCUGAAGAAGACUUUGAAUGGUCAUGAGUUUGCAACGAAGAGGAAAAUGACUCUGGAAAACCGCUCUGAGGUGCUUCUGAAACGGUCAGCAGAGUCUCCACUUAUGAGGGAUUGUGAGGAACCCAGUGCAGAAUGUUCUUUCAUCUACUCCUGGGGAGGAUACACAGACCUUCAGGAUGUGCCGCAACACACAAAUGAUGUCUCGAAAAUCCCAUGGUCUGAUCAAGAAACCCUCAACUUGAUAGACAUUUGGGGAAAAGACAGCAUCCAGCGAAGCUUGAAGGACUGUGUUCACAAUAGGCAUAUCUUCAAUGUGAUCUCCAAGAAGAUGUUGGAGCGUGGUUAUUUGAGAACCGCAGAACAAUGUCACACCAGAAUCAAGCGGCUAAAAAUGAGUUUCAAGCAGUGCUAUGAAAACAAUAUCAAUGGUGGAGAUAGGUUGGAGUGUAAAUUUUACGACCAGAUGGAGAGAAUACUGGUGACUGAAGGAUCCUCCUCAAUGCCUGAGGUCACAUAUGAUGUUCAAGAGAUCAUAGUAGGAGACCAACUACCGGAGGAUCAGACAACAAGAGAAGCACAUGAUGAAGAGAGCGAUUUGAAGUUCCUUGGUCACACCGGCAUGGAAGGUACAAAAAAUAUUCCAUGGACCGACCAUGAAACUCAGACCCUUAUUGACAUCUGGGGAGAGGAUCGCAUACAGAGGGACUUGAAGGGCAUUCACCGCAACGGACACAUUUUCUCCAUGAUCUCCAAAAAAAUGUCCACCUUUGGAUAUAUCAGAACGGCCGAGCAGUGCCAGUCAAGGGUGAAGAGGCUCAAGUUAAGUUUCCGGCAGUGCUAUGAGAACAACCAUAUCCCUGGAAAAGAGAGAGUUGAAUGCAAAUUCUAUGACCAACUGGAGAAACUGCUAGUUAAUGAAUUACCCUCCUAUGUAGAAGCACUCAGUACUGACCAGGACACAGACGCAGAAGCCAGAGACUCUGGAGACACAGAGAAUGAUUUUCCUGUCUACUCGUACCGGGAGAUUGAGGCGGCGGUCAAUACGACGGACGAGCGUAAGAAGGUGCCCUGGUCGGACAGCGAGACGCUCAUCCUGCUGGAACUGUGGGGGGAUGAGAAGGUGCAGAGGAACCUGCAGCGCUGUCCGCACAACGGCCACAUCUACUCCGAGAUAUCGGAGCAGCUGAAUGCUCACGGCUACUCGCGCACCUCAGAGCAAUGCCACACGCGCAUCAAGCGGCUGAAGCUCAGCUAUCGGCAGUGUCGAGAAAGCAUGAGUUCAUCAGAGGCUGAGCACGUGGAGUUUAAGUUCUAUGAUCUGAUGGAGGAAAUCUUGAACAAGUAUCCCUCCUCAAAAAAGGCAGCGGUGCAAGACUUCAUCCCUGAUUCCCACUCAGAGAAAGGUGAUUCACACGUGCCUGGCAGCCACAUGUCCCCCGACAAAUCCUCGUCGGGCUCCUGGUCAGACCCCGAGACGCUGGCGCUGAUUGACAUCUGGGCCCAAGACGAAGUCCAGAGGGGCCUGAAGGGUGUGGUGCACAAUGGCCAUGUGUUUUCAGACAUAUCUCAAAAGAUGCACGACCUGGGAUACUCCAAGACGCCAGAGCAGUGCCGCUGGAAAGUGAAAACACUGCGACAGAACUUCCGUCAGUGUUAUGAAAGGAAGAAAUGCGGCAGAGACAAAGUGGGAUACAAAUUCUACGAUCAGCUCGAGCAAGUUCUUGGGUAUGAGGCGCUCUCCAUAGAUGUCUUUGAUGACAAGGAUGACCAAGAACAAGGAACGGACAGCAUCAAAUUUACCCCUUGGUCAGAGCCGGAGACUUUGGCCCUGAUCGAGAUCUGGGGCAACAAGGAGGUCCAGCAGAACUUGCGGGGCUGCAUCCGAAAUGGCCACAUCUUCGCUGAGAUAUCAGAGAAGAUGGCCGCCAUGGGAUACCCCAAAACUGCGGAGCAGUGUCACAAGAGAGUGACAAAGCUGCGGAAGACAUACCGCCGCUGUAGCAACAGCAUGAUACAUGGCGGGAAACCGGUGCUCUUCAGGUACUACAGGUUCUUGGAGCCAAUUCUGGGCCAUUUAAGCUUCUCAAACGACACUGGGGAUUUAAGCGUUGAUGCAUCAGUAGACACCACAGCUGACUCUGAUCAGGAAACAGUUUCAGAAUCCCAGCGAGCAGCCAGGAGAGCUGUGGCAGAGUCCAGUCGCAAGAUGCCCUGGUCUGACCGGGAGACCAGGGCCCUGCUGGAUAUUUGGGGGGAAGACCGCAUCCAGUACAACUUGAGAGGCUGCCUCAAGAACAAGCACAUCUUUAAGCACAUCUCCAAGAGACUGAUGGCUCAAGGCUUCAUAAGGACGGCCGAGCAGUGCCAGACACGAGUAAAACGACUCAAGGCCAGGUUCUACCAUGAGAAGGAGGAUUGUAAGUUCUAUGAACAGCUGGAGCAGAUAUUCCUGAAGGAGAUCUCCAUGAAUAGCUUGCCAGAGGAUAUGGAUAUGACAGGAGAGCUGGAGUCUUUCACAGAUUCUGACCCAGAGUCACCGGCCCCUGCUGCUCUUCGGACCCCUGAGGGCCCAAAGCUGCCAUGGAUGGACAGCGAGACCCAAGUCCUGAUCGACAUCUGGGGGAGUGAAGCCAUCCAGAGCAGCCUGAGGGGCUGUGUGAAGAACAAGCAUAUCUUCACCCAGAUCUCGCAUGCCAUGGCCGAGAGGGGCUACACACGGACAGCCGAGCAGUGCCAGUCCAGGGUGAAGAGGCUGAAGGCCAGCUACCGCCAGUGCACUGAGAGCCAAAGGAGUGGAGGAGAAUGGAUUGAGUGUAAAUUUUAUGAUCAGCUGGCGGGGAUAUUUGGAAGUGAGCGUUCAGCAGCAGAUUCCAUUUCUACUGAGACCCAGCCCAUGGCUGUGGAUGAGGCAGAUGUUGGGCCGGAGAAAGCCACACAGAAUAACAUCAGUGUCUUUCCCGGCUUCGAAGACUUGAUUGUCCUUUCUUCUAUUGACUCAGCAGAAGCAAUCAGUCUGAACCUCCGGCGGACCACCAGUGAGGCCACGCCUCUCUUUGACACCAUUGGCGGAGAAGAGGGCCCAGAGGAUGUGAAGAGCCUCUCAGUCAAGACUGCUAAGCAGAGACAGGACAUGGGGGAAAGUGAGCAGGGUCACACAAGGCUGAGACGACUGAGAAGGAGCGCGAGGGAGACCCGAGCGAGCAGCAGCAAAGCACAAUGACACAUCACCUACCCCCUAGUCAUAGUCUGUGGCCACUUAACUUAGUUGUAACUUAUACAAGAUUGAGACUGAAGGUGCCAUGUGACUGAUAGGACAUGAUCAUGGGUAAUCCCCUUACCUGCUUUAUUUAAAUGAUACAUUGUACAUCUAGAUGCAAAAGAUGUAGAGAAUAGUUAUGUAAGUAGUAGGGACAAUUGCUAUUCCAGUAAUCCAGUUUAUCAGCUUCUUCUUCCUGUUAACAUGGAGUUGAGUAGAAUGUUAGUUCAUAAAAUAAUAGUCUGAAAUGGUUAUGACAAGUCCAAACUUCAUCCAACCAAGAGUUCCUGGAGUUUACCCAGAGAUGGCACUGAAGCCAUUAUGAAUUGCUUACCAUAUUCUUAGUAUACUAGUACCAACACACCAUUGUGGAAUUAUUGUCGUUGUAUCUUGCACAUUCUGUGACUACUAGUUAAACCAUUAGUGAGGUACAUGUGAAGGGAUCUACUGUCAAUGAGGUAUAAAUGAACCUCAGAACUCAGGCCAUUAGUGUAGUUUGGUUCUGUAUGUGGCCUCCACCUGAGUGGCUCUGUGUACGUCACUUAAGGUCUGAGUUCCAAGAGGGGAAAAAAAGCAGCUUUUGGGGAUAUUUUGCCUUUACUUUGGGGACAACACUGAAGGGAGCUGAAGCUGUUCGCCCCUCUGUGACUUUCUAAUCCAGAAUAUAUAUCCUUAUCUGGUUCAUGGCUCUCAGCUUUCUGGUCUGAGGUCAUACCUUGUGAAAGCCCCUGCCUUUGCCCCGUUUUAGACUGUGUUGAAAUGUAUGCAUUUCCCGUUCUGAAAUUUCAGAGAGGGGGUUGUGACACAUGAAUGUAUUUAUGUUCUUAAGAAUUCAAAAAAAAAAUAUGUAAGAGCACUU